AUGGAUGAUCUUAGCGGCUCUGGUGGAAAUCAACAGGAUGUUCGUGGGAAGCCGCGGGCAUCGUUUGCAGAAAUUGCUGCACGAUUUCUUGAUGUGGAUGGGAACUCUUUGCAGCCUAAGCGAGGGGUAACGAUUGGAACACAAAGUGACACUAAGUCUUCAAACAUCAUCGAUGAUCUAACAAAGGUCACAGUUCCGGUUCGCUUGGAAAAACGGGAUGUCGGAAAGUCAGACAACUUUUGGGAUUACCCUAGCAAAUUUACACCAAAAUCAGAUUUUUUUGGGGCAUCCUUCUCGGCUGAAAACAGGGCUGCUCAAGGUACUUCGGGGCAUGCCGAUCCUGUGUCCUUUGCUCACAUGGUAAAGAACACAAAGGAGAAGGUUAAAGUGAACUUCUGGGCGAUGGAAUCUGCCGAAAAAGUUGAUGGGGCUGAUGUUGUUAUCCCGUUGUCGUCGGUUCAACAAGUUACGGAUAGGUAUGCUAACACUUUAUUUGGGUAUUUUCUGGGUAAACGGUUGGCAUUUCCUGUGGUUGAUUACUUUGCUAGAAACAACUGGGCGAAAUAUGGUCUUUCCCGGCUCAUGAUGAAUGCAAACAGGGUAUUUCUCUUUAAGUUUACUACUAAGGAAGGGAUGAAUCAAUUGCUUGAGGAUGGGCCUUGGCUAAUCAGAAGUGUUCCCAUAAUUUUAAAAGAAUGGUCGCCCUCUAUCAAGAUGGAAAAAGAGGACAUUACAGCAGUACCAGUUUGGGUAAAGAUGCAUGAUGUGCCGUUAUCUGCAUUUACCGAGGAUGGACUUAGUUUAAUUGCCUCUAUGAUUGGGAUUCCUAAGAUGUUGGAUACGUAUACUGCCUCGAUGUGUGCGGAAUCUUGGGGAAGGAGCAGCUAUGCUAGAGCGCUUAUUGAAGUGCAAGCGGGAGCUGAGUUAAAAAAGAGUGUUACUGUGGCUAUCCCAUCUAUGGAUGGUAGUGGGUUUUCUAAGGUGGAGGUCAAGAUUGAAUAUGAUUGGGAGCCUCUAAGGUGCUCCUCGUGCUGCGUGUUUGGUCAUGAUGACAGCUCGUGCCCAAAGAACCCUCAGGUAACUUCUAGUUGGGAUACUAAUAAGAAGAAUGAUGAGUUUCAGGUUGUAGAGGGCAAGAAGAAGAAAGUGAACAACCAGGGCAUCCAUAUGAAAAAUCAGAAGCCUAAAGUAGUUUACAAGCCAGUUGUUAACCCUAAGCCAAAAUCGUCUUCUAAGAGUUCGUUGCAGAACCAGGUUUCAACGUCUAAUCCGUUUGAUAUUCUGAAGGAUGAUACUGGUAAUCGGGGGGAUACCACUGUCGGUCGAGUGGAGAAGAAGCCGUCGUGUGACAGGCAGGAAUCGGAUGAGGAGUGUCCUUAUGCCUCUGAGGUGUGGAAGACAGUUAGAGAAUGGGUGGAUAUGGGGAAUGUCAAUAACACAUGGAGUUCUUUUUUGGAUUGGAUUGAGAACAAUGCUAGCUCUAAGCAACUGAACAAGAUUGUUUGCAAGAUUCUCUUGGGGGCGACUACCUAUUUCAUUUGGCAAGAAAGAAAUAAUCGGUUAUUCUCGAACCUUCAACGAUCCCCGGCUAUAAUUUCUCAAGUUAUUUUUAACACUGUUCGGCUGAAGUUAAUGGGAUUCAGAGAGCGUAGGAACUUAUGGGAAUCCUUAUGCAUGCAUAAGUUGUUUGUCAAUAAUAAUCCAUGGGCCAUCAUGGGGGACUUCAACACAUCUCUAAGUCUGGAUGAUAAGUAUAUGGGUUCUUCUAACUUAUCCAUAGGCAUGCGGGAAUUUCAAGAUUGUGUGAAUCAAGUUGAGAUUACGGAUAUUAAAAGUGUGGGGUUGCACUUUACGUGGAAUCAAAAGCCCAAGACGAGAGUGGGUAUCAUGAAAAAGAUAGAUAGAGUGAUGGCGAACAUCCAGUUCAUUGAUGCUUUUCCAGCUUCAUAUGCGGUAUUCCAACCGAAUAGAAUCUCAGACCAUACCCCUUGUGUCCUCAAGAUGCCUUCGGUGGCAAAGUGCAAACCUAAGCCCUUUAAGUUUGCCAAUUUUUUUCCUUACAAAAAUGAGUUCUGUGAAGUUGUUAACGUUGAAUGGAAUAAGACAAUCCAUGGGGUAGCUAUGUUUCAAGUUGUGAAAAAGCUUCGUGCUUUGAAACAUCCGUUGAGGGGUUUGCUUAUGAAGCAAGGUAAUAUUCAUACUAAUGUUACGAAUUUGAGGAAGGAUUUGGAUGAUAUUCAAAUAAAAUUGGAUAGUGACCCGCUUGAUGUGGAUGUCCGGUUGAGAGAACAGGAAUGCUUGAAGAAAUAUCAUGAAGCGGUUAUAAGUGAGGAGAGAUUUCUUAAGCAAAAGUCUAAAGCACAUUGGCUUCAGGUAGGAGAUGCUAACACAAAGUUCUUCCAUCAUGUGGUGAAAAGCAAAAACCAUAUGGCUCGGAUUCACUCGUUAACAGAUAACCAUGGAAUAACGCAUGAAGGUGAUAAUAUUUACCAAGUGCUGGUCGAACAUUACAGGAAAUUCUUAUGGGAGGAGGGGGUUACUACUACGGUGCCUACCCCAGAUCUGUUUCCGAAGCAAUUAAGUCCAUUAACAGCGGAUAUAAUGGUUAGAGGGGUGACCAAUGAUGAAGUCAAGGCUGCUCUUUUUUCUAUUGAUGAAAACAAAAGCCCGGGGCCAGAUGGCUAUACUUCAUUGUUCUUUAAAAAGGCUUGGCAUAUUACGGGUAACGAUAUAUGUCAGGCAGUCAAAGAGUUUUUUGUUACGGGAAGGCUAUUGCAGGAAAUCAACCACACGUUCCUCACACUUGUUCCCAAGAACCCUACUCCCUCUUGUGUCAAUGACUACAGGCCGAUUUCAUGCUGCAAUGUGUUAUAG